UUGUUUGUUCGAUCGCUGGGAAAGUGUUGAGGGAAGAGAGGGAGAGAGAGGAGAGAGAGGGAGAGAGUUGAAACAGCAGAGCAGAGCAUGCUCAAAUUUCAGAUGAGAAACCCACAAAGACAAAUCAAAGCAAACAAUCAUCAAAAGCAUCAGACACAGAGGAACAUAGUUCCCAUCCCUCAUGAGCCUCCAUCAUCACCUUCUUCUCUGCUUUAGCUGACCCCUCUCUCUCUCUCUCUCUAUCUGCUUUAUUGGGAUAAUUUGAUUGCUUUACAGAUUUAAAGAACAAGAGAAACCCCACACCUCGGACCCUGCCAAAAUGAUGUCUUGCAUUACAUAAGUGAUCCUUUGAGCGGUCUUCUUCUCUUCACUGAGCUGCAUCGCUUUCAAGAUUCUGCCUUUCUUGGUGCCCGGGAUGACUUUGCUGGGUCUCUUGAUCUCUCUCCUUCCAGCCCCUUCACUUCUGGCUUGAUUUUCUUCAGGAGAGGUCCCGUUUUCCUUUCUGGGUUCUUGAUCUGCGAGGAGAUUUCUGCUCAGACAGCCCAAGGUAUGUAAUUUUAUGCCGUUCUUAGCAGAAGCAGUUUCGGGUUAGUCUAUGAUUUUAGGUUUUGAGGAUCAGCUCCAAUCCAAGCCUGUUCGAUUACGGAAGUUUCCGGAGUAGUUUCUUUGUUAGUGAGCUCAUGCUGUGAAAGCUCUCUCUAGCUAUGGCCGAAAUUAGACUGACAAGAGUGGAGCAGGGGCAGACCAAAAUUAAGAAUGUUCCCAUUGCUGUAACCCCAGAGGGCUUCUGGUGCUGCCCUUCCCCUAUUGUGUUCCAGAAGAACCUCAAAGCACAAAAUCCUCUCAACAAGCCCCCCAGACCCUCCUCACCCCCCCACAAACCAAUCCUCCCAAAGAAGCAGGUCCCUUCUGCUGAUCGGAAACCACUGCCGCUGAGGCCGGCACCUGUUCCCGAUGAUGUGCGAGCUGUGGCUCCUGAAAUCCUUACUCCCUCCGCUCCCCCUGAGAGGACCCCGAGGCCGAAAACCGAACACUUACCGAGGAAGGUCUCGAUUGAGUUUGGUGAGAGUGGGACCAGCAACAUGAAGGUGGUCUUGAUGGGAAGGCAGGGGUUCUGUGUGAAAUUGAGUGUCCACCGGGAUGUUCUUGCUGAGAACAGCAGCUUCUUCGCGGGUAAGCUUUUUGAGGAUCGGGAUGGAUCUCCUUGCCUUGAGAUUGAUGAUUGUGAGGAUGCUGAGAUUUAUGUCGAGACUGUUGGGCUCAUGUAUUGCCAAGACAUGAAGCAGCGGCUUGUCAAGCAGAGUGUUCCCCGUGUGCUGCGCAUACUGAAGGUUGCAGAGUUACUCGGAUUCAACCAAUGCAUCAAAUCAUGCUUGGAGUACCUAGAAGCUGUCCCCUGGGUCGGUGAGGAGGAGGAAGAGAAGGUGGUCUCCUCGGUGUUGCGUCUCCAAGGAGAAGGCAUUGGGAUAACCCCCGUACUAAAGAGGAUUUCCUCUGAAACCUCGAACCCUCCAAAGGAUACGCUGUCCUACAUAAUCGAACUGGUCCUUAAGAGCAGUGAAGAGAGAGGCCGGCGUGAGAUGAAAUCCAUCGUCCUCAAGCUGCUCAGGGAGAACAGCAACAUCCCCUCACCCCACUUUUGCCACGAGACCAUAUAUGACUCUUGCAGAGGCUGCGUGAACUCACUCCUGGGCUUCUUCAGACAAGCCGUGGAAGACUUGCAGACUGCUGAUCAAGUGGCGAAGCAGAUAACCUUAGAGGUAGAUAACAUCUCAUGGUUGCUUGAUAUUUUAACUGACCGUCGAGCUGCUGAUGAAUUCGCAGCAAUAUGGGCUCAGCAGCAAGAGCUGACAGCCCUACACGGAAAGCUCCCAAUUGUCUCCCGGUAUCAUGUGAGCUGUGUCACGGCGAAGCUCUUUGUGGGAAUUGGAAGAGGCCAGAUAUUGCCAUCAAAGGAGACACGUCUGAUGCUGCUGAAGGUUUGGCUCCAGCCAUUGAUUGAUGACUACCGGUGGCUCCAGCAUGGAUGCAGGUCAUUUGAUCAAAAAGUUGUGGAGGAAGGGAUCGGGCGUACAAUACUGACGCUUCCUCUAGAGGACCAGCAGAGUAUCCUCCUCUCAUGGUUGGGCAGCUUUCUUAAGGCAGGUGAUAGCUGCCCCAAUCUCCAGAGAGCCUUCGAGGUGUGGUGGCGUAGGACUUUUAUUAGGCCGUACGUGGAGUCACAGGGGAAUUUUCGUGAGUCAGAUUGCUCGAUGACCACUAAGUAGGAGAUAAGAAAGGUAAGAAUGGCAGUGGGAAUAGAAAUCUUAACCUUUGAGUGAUCUUCAUGGAAGCUUCAAUUGGCAAAGGGUUCAAGUGGAAGAUUGAUGAGGCUGGUUAAGGAUUCUUCUUCUGCAGGGCGCCUGCCUCAGACUACUUAUAGGAAGUAUUACUUGACGGGACACACUACUGGGUUUGUGUUGGUUUGUUUAGAUCGAUGAAAGAUGGGGCACGUUUCUGUGGGUAAAGAGCUAUGGAAAGUAGGGGGGGGGGGGGGGGGGGGGGGGGGGGGAGGGAAUGUGUUUUUGUGUUACUGAUUGUUUUAUCAUCUUACAAGUGAAGGGAUUUCAUCAGUUUACUGCGACUCUAUCCAAUAUAAAAUCAAAGAUCGAUGAGGUCAAAGGUUUGUUCGAGUCUUGGACAGGUAGAGAAGUGCUUGUGCAUACUAUAGUAACAUCUUGUUCUCGAAUGCUUAGAGCAUUAAGCUGAACUGGCUUUCUUUUAGUAAGAGAUUUUAACUGUUUGCUUCUUGAUGCUCUGAUCAAAUUAUAAUUCGCUUGGACUUGGAUAGUCUGAAGCGAGCAUUGGCUGUGGUCAUGAGAUUAAAUGUUCUUGAGGUGGUCACGACUUUGUCAAGCUAUAUAAUUUUUGCUGUUACGUUACA